GUGUUUCUGAAAAUACAUUGUCAAAAUUACUUAAUGAAUAUACAACUUGAAUAAUUUUAAUGCACGUUUUUUUUUAAAUAUAUGCGCCUUUGUGGUGUUAGCAUGAGCUAAAGUCCAUUGAAAGACUCAUUGGUCCCGCGCGGGGUGUAGAUGCCAAGAUGGCGGCGCCGCUGACUCUGCUGCUGGUCGUGGCUGUCACUGUUCGAGCAGCUCUUUUUAGGUCCUCUUUAGCGGAUAUAAUUGCCGAGAGAGUGGAAGUGGUGUCUCCGUUAACUGCCUGGAAAAGAGUGGUUGAAGGUUUGGCUCUACUCGACUUGGGAGUUUCGCCCUAUUCUGGAGAUGUUUUCCAUGAGACGCCACUCAUCAUCUACCUCUUCCACUUCCUGGUGGAUUAUGCAGAGAUAACAUUCAUGCUGGCCGAUGGCAUCGUUGCUGUGGCGCUCUACUAUGCUGUGCAGGACUACAACAAGCAAGUGUUCAGGAAGCAGAAAUACGCCCUUGAAGCUGACCGCUACCCCCCUGAUUGUCAUGAGCUUGUCAGGAGCCCCAAUGAGAUGUAUUACAUCCCCCUUAAGGUGGCCAUGUUUUAUUUACUGAACCCUUUCACCAUCUUGUCUUGCGUCGCCAAGUCAACCUGCGGCCUGAACAACGCCGUGGUGUCCCUCUUCAUCCUGUCCACCAUUAAAGGAAAUGUGCUGCUGAGCGCCAUCUUCUUGGCCUUGGCGACGUACCAAAGCAUUUAUCCUUUGUCUCUAUGCACUGGCGCGCUGCUCUACUUGAUGCAGCGCCAAUUCAUCCCUAUCAACAUACGACGGGUCAGCUUCUGGUGGUUUGUGGCUCAGUACGCUUUCAUGUAUCUGGGCAGUCUCUUCGUCACUAUCUGCCUCUCCUUUUUCCUGCUGGGCUCCUGGGACUUCCUGCCCUCCGUCUACGGCUUCAUUCUCUCCGUCCCCGACUUGACCCCCAACAUCGGCUUAUUCUGGUAUUUCUUCGCAGAGAUGUUUGAACACUUCCGCCUGUUCUACCUUUGCGUUUUCCAGAUAAAUGUCUUCUUCUACACUAUCCCUCUCUCCAUCAAACUCAAGGAACAUCCGGUAUUUCUGAUCUUCAUGCAGUUAGCGAUCAUCUCCAUCUUCAAGUCCUACCCCACAGUUGGAGACAUCGCCCUGUACAUGUCCUUCCUCCCCGUGUGGAGUCACUUGCACAAAUUCCUGAGAAACAUCUUCCUGGUGUCCUGUGUCAUGCUGGCCUGUUCUGCACUCUUCCCGGUUCUCUGGCACCUCUGGAUCUAUGCCGGCAGCGCCAACGCCAACUUUUACUACGCAACCACGCUGCUGUUCAACAUUGCUCAGAUAUUAUUAGUGUCAGAUUACUUCUACGCCUUCUUGAGGAGGGAGCACCAUCUCACUAACGGAUACUACCCAAAGAAAAAAGACGGCUCUGAGGCCACCUUGGUUCUAAAGUAAAUCUCCCCAAGAUUCUUGCCAAGCCCUCAAACAAACUGACAAGGGUCAAAUACAUGAAAAGCUGCGCCGCUCUUCAGGCAAAGGAGGACCUGUGAUAUAAGGGACAUAAGUGCAGGGAUGUUGGGAUUUGACGACACAAACUGUGAUUCUCAUUUCUGCAGGGCUCUUAUUUUGAAAGGACGAGCCUGAAGCGGGAUUUUUUUAUUUGGAGUUUUGAGCAUCUCAGAGCUUUUCCUGUUCAUAUUUAAUUUAUUUUUGUCAAAUGAUCACAAAUCCCCACAGAUGACGAGUACAUCUCCAUUCCCAUGACUUUAGAAUUUCGAUUUUUCAGAACAACUUAAGCAAACUAGUGAUGAAUGAUAACGACCUCAUCAAUUUACACAAUGUAGAUUAGAAUAAGAAGUUUAAUUGAUUCUGCCAUUUGGGACCAUGUGACUGAAUGUUGACAUUCCUUCAAACAAGAAAUAAACUUUUAUGAAUAAAAUCAAAAUGGAAAGGCUAUGUCCAUGAAACUAACAGAAAAAAACAAGAUUUUUUUUCUUUUUUUACUGAGUUUCACAUUUAUUAUAUUGUACUGAAGACUUUGAUGUGUUCAAGAGUUUGUUAUUGCAGAUUAAACAUGUUACUUCAA